CGAUAUAGAAUACCCAUUUUCAUUUACUCUAAAAGACAUAUCGAUUAAUAUUUGCUGGGAUGUUCUAAAAUAUUUUUUCAGUUGUACUGUAUUAUCUGCGGAGUUGCCAUGGCGCCAAGUUAGAAAGUUUAGGAUCUGAUGAACGCUGCAUGAAAAUGCACCGAAACUAUGAAUCGACUAAGAAAUAUUCGAAUAUUUGUUCGCAAUAAGCAAAAGUACAACCCAGCAUCGUUUUCCACAGACCUGCAAUAUGUUGACAUUACUGAUUUUGCUGGAACAACAAUUGGUUACAUUAAAGAGGAGUGUAAGCGGAACAAUGCAGCUAAGAUAGAUGACCUGUACUAUGACAAUACACCCCUUGCAGAUGAUCGCUCUGUAGCUCAUUACAACCUUACUGAUGGAACUAUCCUGGAAACGACCUCUAACCCCUUCUGGGUGGCAUGUAUUAAUAUCAAGAUGGUGGAGGUUGAACGGCAGAGAGAAGCCCAUCCCCAUGAUAUCGGAGUACAGAAAUGGACACACAAGUCGUAUAUCCGCAAGAGGACUAUUCUUAGUGUCUUGCUUAACUCCAAGAAUGAGUUUCCACGACAACCCCAGCACCUGCCAACUGUUGAGUCGCUGGUGGACUACUUGAAGACGCUAGGGAAGAAGGGAGCUGUGAUGAACCCGCUGUACACUCAAAGAGACCUGCAGCAGAUGUACACAGAGCAUCAGCAGCUUGACAUCCACCACGUUGAUCCACUCGGCUCCUUCCUCAUCCGCCAGGCAGCUAGACUCGGCUACAGUAACAGCCCCAAGCCCGGUGUUGCUGUCCCAAGACAAGGUGCUGCUAGACCAGGUGCCACCAGACAAGGUGCCAGGAAGUCAGCCGCACAAACCUCCACACCAAGAACAAGGAAAACUUCUGGGGGAAGGAAGACUGCAAAACAGGACCUGAUGUGUGAAGACUGUGAGGCUAUGGCGGCCGAGCUGUACUGCCCGGACUGUCAGGGUGUGGGUGAGAGAGCUGGGGUGUGUCUGUGUCUGACUGACAGCUGUAUUCCUAUCAUGGCUUCAGGACCUGAUGUGUGAAGACUGUGAGGCGAUGGCAGCCGAGCUGUACUGCCCA